CAUUUGUAUGUGAUUAUAUAGUGCCCGGUUACCGAGGAGACGAUUAGAAUGAUUUCUGGAGGUACGUGGAAGAGACUAUGCUGAUUUUUAACAGGUGGUUAGUUACCAAAAUCGAUGCGAAAUAUUUGUUCCUAUUCGGCACCGUCUGCAGAAAGUGGCCUAGUUUUUUUUUGUGGUCAUCAAUCUGGCCAAGGUCGAUAGCAGGGUCGCGUCACGUGGAAUCACUGGUUAUUCACGUCACACUUAAAGUCCGACUUUGUUGGUGAUAAUUUUCCCAACAUGAGUUUUGCUUGCGGUUCGCUAGAGAGAGCGAUAGAUAAAUACUGCCGGUCUGUGAUUGGCGGCUACACGCGACAGUAAUUUGCAUGAAAUGUAAUUAGUAUUAAUUACUUUAAUUAUAUAUAAAACUUCGUCUCCUGGCGAUUUCCUGUGGUGCGUGAAGUUGAGAUAGUUAUCGGCAAACGGUCGAUGCGUUUUGUAGGGUAUACAGACAGCGGAGACAGCGGAGAUAUAUUUGAUAGACGGCGGCGAUCGCCGGGUUGUACAGUAGAACUGCUCAGACGCCUGCUGGUCAGCUGGGGUAUAAUAGCACUGGUCAUCAAGUAACAGACUCUUGGUUAUAGUGGUCAGUUGGUUUGGACGUUUGCCUAAUAAGAUGUGGGUAUAAGGCUAAUAAGUUCCACCUGUGGUCAGUUAUUAAAAGACAAUACCUGGUCAGCUGUGGCACCAGAGGUCGAGCACUCUACGUUUGACCAGGAUCUUCACUUCCGGCGUGGAACAUUUGAAAAACUUGUGUGGUCCAACUGUAUCUAAUGAUCAGUAUGUAACCAUAUGCAUCAAUGCAAUGAUCUAUAGAGUUCGGACAAAGUAAUAGAAGAAUGCUCAAACUGUCAAGUUCCCAAACUGACCACUGGUCAAGAGUGAUGUAAAUAGCUCGCUGACCACUCCCACCUCAUCAGGGCGGGGCCAUGCCGCACGUAAGGAAACAGCGCGAGCGGAAUGCCCUCCUGGUGGGGCUUUGUAUUGAGGCUUGCUAUGACAACCCGUUGUUCCACGAGGAGGACUCACGAUACCCACAGGACGACCUGGUACGUCAUGGUAUGGGCCCCACGGGCGGCAACGGUACCCCAGGGGAGAAGGGGUCACGCGCCAAGGACUAUCACGUGACCACGGAACUACCUCCAUCCGACGUCCGUUUCAAAAAGUCGUUCACUUCCCGGCAGCGGUCAGUGGUUAAGAUUGUGGCUAUUGUUGUCAUAGUGGUAUUGGUGGCACUCUUAAUAGGACUACUGGUGCACUUCCUCGGUGCGGGAACAAGGGAAAAAGAGGAAGUUCCUGAUAAACAACCCAAUGUGCUCUUCCUGUCCACGACGUUUAGAGGACGCUUGCGGGUUGUCGAGGGGCCAUUUUCUAUAUAUAAACAUGAUUAUAGUAACAUGGAAUCAGAAGCGUAUACCUUGUUUUCUGACGCCUUUUUAUAUAAAAUGAAAUUAGUUUUUCAAAGCAGUAAAUACAGUGUAGAGUAUAGUCAUACGGAGAUAGAAUCCAUCAUGUCUGGAAGUGUCAUUGUGAUCUUCACCCUCAAAUUCUCACCGGCCAUCAGUGUGACGUCAAACUCGGAACAUUUCAUAUUAUCACUACUCAAGCGUCGUAUGGACGGCGAUUUAUUUACCACCGACAUAAACUCCGUCACAAUACAUGCUCAACCUAUCACACUCACUACUACCCCAGCGGCAACCUCAGGCCAAUGUUCUGCGAUCACCUUACCCACCUGCCAGAACGCCACAACGUACCACAACACCAUGUACCCUAACCUUCUCGGCCACGUGUCCGAACACCAGGCUAUGACCGCACUGUCUACUUACGGAGAACUCUUCACCUUUCCCUGCUACGACUACUCAAGCGAUUUUUGGUGCUCCGCGUGGGCGCCCGAGUGUCAUGGAGGUCGUAACAUCCCACCCUGUCGGGACUACUGUGAAGAUGUCCGAAAGAGCUGUGAUGGUCAUUACCCCAGUAACUUUUCCUGGCCCGUCCGAUGUAGCGCUCUACCUGUCUCCAGCGACCCGGCCGUAUGUCGACAAAACCCGUAUACACCCGGGAAGUGUAUAAAGGUGACGGAUCCAAUGUUAGAGGGAUGUGUUCAUCUCGGCUUCACGGAGACGGCGUUCCCAAACUAUGCCGGAAAUAUAGGCGAGACAUCCUCCGCCGACAUGCUCAUGUUGCUCGGCACUAUAGAGUCUGCCACUAUGUGCAGCAGUCAUGCCACCUACUUCGCCUGCGCAGCUUUUGUUCCUAAGUGUUCCGGGAGUGACGUGGUUGGUCAACAUACAAUUCCACCCUGUAAAAGUUUGUGUGAAGGGGUUAAGUCGCGUUGUUCCAUAUUCAUGGAGAUCUUCCAUUCGCCAUGGCCGUCUUCUUUGAACUGUUCCACAUUCCCGGAUGUUAACGACACAUCUGUAUGUAUGGGGUACAGCCAGGCACACGAACCGCCCAAAAUAGAAGAUUGUAAAAAGGGAGACAUGCGCUGUGACAACAACACGUGCAUCCCGCCUUCCUGGAUCUGUGACGGCUUCCUCGACUGUGCCGACAAGGCCGACGAGAUGCAUUGUGCCUCCUGUUCGGAUGAACAGUACCAGUGCCGGCCGGUAUCUGCCCUCUGUAUAGAAAAGGCUGCAGUGUGUGACGGUAUCACCGACUGUUUCGAAGACGUUGAGGAGCAGGGUUGUGUAAAACUUGGCGAGGGAACAUCCAGCGGUGUUGUUCAUGUCCAUAACGCCGUGUCGGGGAUCUGGGAGGAAGUGUGUGCGGACGGAUGGAACAUCACAUUCAGUGAACUUGUCUGCAAACAGCUCGGCUACCAGUAUGCUGUAAGCUAUAUUAAUAAAGCGCAGACGCCAGGAAGAGCAAAAGCUACCCUCCACAAUUCUCCACAUAACUCCAGUGAUCCUAAUGUUCUUCAGAGCUUCCUUACAAAAAGUUCUACUUGCCCAAGUAACCAGGUCGUGAAUGUUAGGUGUGGUCGUCCAGUGUGUGGUACCCGACCUGCCAACUAUAAAUCUGCUACACGCAUUGUGGCGGGAAAAGAGGUGGAGCCAGGCACGUGGCCCUUUAUGGUCUCCCUGCAUGGUGGACCAGCAGAACGGUUUUUCUGUGGUGGAACGCUAAUUAGUGAGACCUGGGUUCUAACUGCUGGUCAUUGUCUCGGAGGGACAACCUCUCCUGGCGGCAUCACAUUGAAGAUUGGUGCCACAAGACGUGAAACGUACUCAGAGUUCCGACAGGUGCGGAAACCAAAAUCACUGCACGUACAUGCGGGAUAUGAUCCACAGACAGUCGACAACGAUAUUGCCCUCAUAGAACUGGCUACUCCAGUCUUCUUUAACGACUACGUCAGACCAAUAUGUCUACCAAAGUGGGAACACAGGACCCCUGUGGGAACAAGGUGUUACGCCACGGGCUGGGGAAAGGCAAAUGAAUCGGCUAUGGAGUACCAGAGAGCUAUACAGGAGGUGAACCUGGACGUGGUCAAUUGGGAAAGCUGUCGCCAAGCUAUUGCCAACUCAGACAUUUACACCCCCUACAAACUCACGCCGAACAUGCUGUGUGCCGGGGGUGGGGUAGGACAUGACGCAUGCUCUGGCGACAGUGGUGGUCCUCUGUUGUGUCCGGCGGAUUCCAAGCGGACGGCCUGGUACGUGGCGGGGGUGGUGUCCUGGGGAGUUGGUUGUGCUGUUCCCAAUAUCCCAGGGGUGUACACUGACGUGCCUCUUUACCUUGACUGGAUCAGGAACGUCACGGGCAAUCAAUUACAUAUAUGAGCGACACGUGGCUUAUUGGAUGUCACACCAUUGUUAUUUCGGAUGCUGUAGACGUUUGUAUAUUUAUAUCUUAUAUAUAAAUAAAUUAGAACGCGAAUGACAGCAGCAUUGACAGUGUGUCGUAAGACGAUUACCAGUGACGCAUUGUCAGCAGCAGAAAUAACGUCAGCAUCGCACAAUGAUAUAUGUAUGUCUAUGGAGAUGAUAUUUGUGUUAAGCAAAGUGCGUGAUUCCUUGAUCUCAGUCAAAAACUCUGGACCAUUCCUGGGACGUCUUUAUAUAUAUAUAUAUAUAUAAAAUGUUGAAUAGUUUUUAUACGUGUAACUUAAUAGUGGCAUAAUUUUAUCCCGAGAACUCUGGACGACUACAUAGACCAUUAACACAUGUCUGCAGAAUCGUGGUAAACACGGUUACUAUUUUACGUACGAGACAUGUUUUCGCGGCUUGCGAGACCUCGUCGCGGUGCCAAACACCAAUUAUUUCUGUGAACCAGACAUAUAUGGACAAAUUGAAUACAUGUCCGCGCAAUGUACAGAUAAGAAAUAUAUUAACGUACAGGCUGGUAGGAAACUGCUCCGCAUCAGGAAGAUAGUCCCCCCUGGCAUUGUGUAAUGCAGACUCAGAACAACGCUUAGUAAUUGAGAAAUGGCAUUUUCGUACUUUUUCAUCACCAGAUAUCAGUAGCAGUCUCCUCGCUUGUCUGUCUGUCUGUCCGUCCGUAAUAGCCUUCAUCCUGUAAGAUCUACUAUCAUCUCAUCGUUCGAGGUGUUGGCCCGCAUGAUUGAAACAAUGUGGUCAUUAUACGUAAAACAAUUCAUGUCUGAAGUACUGUUCUGUGUAUUCUGUAUAUCUUUGCACUCGAAUGAAGCUGGCACGUAUUGUUAUGAAACAUGCAGUAAACAACAGGGAAGGAGAGGCAACUUUCAUCAGCGGAAAUAUAAUACUGGUACAAUAUUGUUUACAAAAGCUAAAUAUUUCCAAUUCUACAAGUACCCUAAUUAUCAGCCUCGUACAUAAUGUCUCAACAUACAAUAUGUUCAGGUUAGUACUGUUACCAACGUAUAGAGUUACACCCUCACACAAAACAGAUUACCUGUGAUAUGGUUGUUGUUAUCUUCGCUGCUCUAGAUUUUGCGAUGUUUUUCUCAAAUUUAGGAAAUUGACUUUUGCGUAACCGGAUUACUUGAGCUGGCCUACUGUACAUGCGUGCCAGGCAAUAUCGGUAUAGUAGUAUUAGUUGGUUAAGUAACCGUUUACAUCGAGACUUCAAAUAAUCGCGAUCGACUUUAUGACUAACGAAGACGGGUUCCUGAAUGUUUGAGCACCUAUUUUUUUGGUCCAUAGAAACUUUCGUUUAAAUUGUAUUUUUUCAUUAGUAAGUCAGAAGGGAAUGUCCAUACUACAUGUGUAUGGUAUAAUUGUGGUUUAACAAGCCCCCUAAUAGAUAGUUUGGUCAUCCCAUAUUCCAACCCCUGGUUAAUCCUCUUUAAAGAUUAAAUAUCGGAGCUCGGAUAUGUAAUUUGGAAAUAGUGAACGCAUGCUUUAGUUAUAAAAAUAAAGAAACGUUAUAUUUAGUAUGUAAUAAAAAAUUAAGACCAAUGUCUUUAUAAAAGUAGUUCACUUGCAUAAUAACUCGCCAAUCUCUUUUGCGAUUCAAAUGCAUACCAAGAAAUGACAUUAUCUUUAGUUAUUCAAUAUACCUAGAAAAGACAUUAUUUGAAUUUUUGUGUGCCUCUAUAAACCUAGAAAUGACAUUACCUAAAGUAUUUUUCUAUAAACCUAGAAAUUACAUUAUCUUAAGUUAUACCUAGGUCAAGCAGAUUUCUCUAUAACUAGGUGUAAGGAUUGAUACUGGCUUCAAACCAAGCUUAUCUAUGAUUUGGGUGGUGUUGGAUGAACCGGUUCCAUCUUAAUUCGACGCCGGUAUGCUUCUCUUCAGUUAGUAAAAGAAAAAUCAGGUCCCACAUGACCUAAGCAUGUAGAUAAACUUAGGAUAAUAUGUCAUUUCUUAGAAUUCACUCGGGUUACAAAAGAGACUGGCAUGUUAUAAUGCCGGAGAGCUAUUUCCAUUAAGAUCUCAUCAUUAAUGACGCAAUGACUAACCGAACGAUUCAAGCUCAAUAUAUCUUAGUUUCCUAUCUGAAUUCCUAUGUUUAGCGUGGCCAUUCCAUACGGUAGGCGGCUAGCUGGACCUUGGAAGGAUCGAUUGGCUUUGCAAUAACGCAGAUGCAAGUUUGGAGAUAUUAGGCACGUCUUGUAAAAGUAAUUGAUCUCCGUUGUCCUUUUUUAUGUUUUAUUUCAUAUGUCUCCCUUGCCUCUGUAUACAUCUGCUCUUCCCUUGUAUAUAUGGAGGAGCUAGGGAUGUAUUUUUUCUAUAAAGACAGUUGGCAGAAUGUAACAAGGCAAAGUGCACUAGUUCAGUUGGAAAUUAGCGAUAUUGGUCCAAACGAAAGACUUGUAUGCCAUUAAUAUAGGUAGGCAAAGUUAUAUGUGAGGUAGUAUAACUGAUGUUGCAUGAUGUCCUCUUUAUCUGUACGUGAGUAUACAUUACAUCUGUAACAUCCCUUGGUAUACCUACAGUGGCAACAUUCAUCAGCACACAUGAAUAUGUAACAACAGUUAGUGGACCUAAAUGUAUACAUUACCAUACUUUAAGCUGUAACAUCCAUCAGUACACUUAAACGUGUAACUUUCAUUUGUGUACCCUAUAUAUAACAUUCAUUAACAUACCUUAAGUUGUAUGUAACGGCCGUUCGUACAUCUGAAGUUAUACCACCAAUUAGUAAACUUUAUGUUGUGCAUUAGUAAACCUUGUACAACAUGAGUGUACCUAAAUAUGUACUCUUUUUGUACAUGAGUGUACCUAGAUAUGUACUCUUUUUGUACAUGAGUGUACCUAAAUAUGUUCCCUUUCUGUACAUGAGUGUACCUAAAUAUGUUCUCUUUCUGUACAUGAGUGUGCCUAUAUUUGAACUAUUUCUGUACAUUAGUGUACCUACUAAAUGUGUACUGUUUAUCUGUACCUUAACUUCUACUAUUUUCUCUGUAUACUAAUAUAUUGUACUUUUUUCUGUACACGAGUGUACAUGUACUUAUAUGUAUACGGUUUAUUUGUACGCAAAUAUGAACGCAGUUGUAUCAUUUAUU